AUGGCGGUAGAAGAGGGCGAUAUUUACCCAACCGAGGCUCUCAUUCUAAAACAGUCGCGGAGACAUUAUCGUAUACCCGUGCGAUCACAGCACUGGCAGCUACGCUCUCUGAUUAGCGCCGAGAAACAAAGCAUCGUAUAUUUCCCCGGAGGCACCGGUAGCAAUCACAUCCAGCGACUGAAUGUAUCAACUCGAGAAUGCGAAACAAUCAAACUCCUGACUUUUGCGCCGCGAUGUCUCGUUGCUGAAAAAGGAUGGCUGUGUUGUGGGAGUGAAAGUGGCGACUUCGUGGCGAUGCGGCUUGAUGAAGGAAAUGAAGACAACGAAGAUCCUCUGUCUGGAAUCGAUCCAGAAACUCGACUCUAUCUCGGCCUCGAUGCCCACCCUAACGAUCCUGUAUUCUCUCUCAUCUCGCGCGCCAGGCGAUCCCAAAAGAACAUGAUCGCCAAAAGUAUGAAGUUGGCCAAAGACAGGGUGAACUGUAUCACGCUCUGGUUUCCACCCACGACAAUGCCAGCGAAUGCAAAAGCCUACAGGGAACCAGUAGCAGUGUUGGCUAAUAACGACCGGACCGUUACUCUAGUCAGCCUACGUGAUUUUGACGAAAAAGACAAGACAGAGGCGUUGGAUAUCAUCACAUAUCCCGACUUUGUGAAUCGAUCUCUUCUAUCCCCCGAUGGAAGGUUCCUGAUUUCUAUUCUUGACGAUCCAUACAUGUACAUCCACGAGCGAGUAAGGAAGACUGCUGAAUCGCCAGCAACCAAGUCACCUGAUGAUGUCGCAUACCAAUGGGAGCAGACUCAACGAAUCCUACUCAAAAGUCAAAGAAAAGAUGACAGGACUGACAGUAGGGGAAGUUUCGCGGCCUGUUUCUCAGAAUCAGGAGCAUACCUCGCUAUCGGAACUCAACAUGGUACAAUUUCUAUCUUCAACGCCGCUCUUCUUGCAGAUCCCGAUGCCGACCCCCUUAUCACAACCUUUGAGUCCUCCCGCCCACGCAGUGGCCCCGGUGCUAUCCGAGAUAUGGCCUUUUGUCCUGGCCCGUACGACUUGUUAGCCUGGACAGAGGAUAGAGGACAUGUUGGGAUUGUUGAUAUGCGAAGUAACUUUGUCAUUCGCCAGAUUGUCGAUAUUGAAGACCCAGUGUUCGAGCGUAUCAACAUCAUCGACCGAAACGCGUUUGACCCGCGCGGCUUGGAGAGUCGUCGCGAUAGAAGAGAUCAGGUGGCGGGUACGAGCGCCGCAGAGAAUCACACACGCCGCGACGUGCUCGAACAUCUCAACACCCCUCUUACCGCUAGUGAGACGUUGGUACUUGAAGCCAUGCAGAUGGGUCGAACCAAUCGUGAGAGAUUGAUCCAGCGAGCUUCGGCGGCGGCAGAGGAUAGGCCGAUUGGGGGGCCAACCACAUUUUGGGCCCGUCGCCGGGGCCCUGCUCAUAAUGCUUCUGCCGUUGACAAUGCCGAGCAGUCUAAUGACCGUGGAAGCAGCAGCGUUGGCCGCGCGAUGGGGGGUAUUUUGGGUAAUGGGUAUCGGUUCCGUCCUGGUGGUAUGAUCUCACGAGCUACACGGCCCACAGGCAUGGCCGAGGGCGAAUCCCUCGAAGGCUUCACAAGAAGAAGACGUGAAGAGGAGCGCCGACAGGAAAGUCUUGGCGAAACCGUGGCGAUGCUUAGUAGGGAACGUCAGAGACAAGACCCCUCCUAUCUCCAAGUGCUCGAUAUCCUCCAGGCGCGAGAGCGAGACGCCGAUCGUGACCUAGAUGACACGACUAUCAUAGUACCGCUCGUAAAUCAAGUUGUGAACAGAUGGGAGGAGGACCAUGGUGUUUUCGAGGUGCCGCCUUCGCCAGACAACACCGCUGGGCUGGCUUGGAGUGAAGAUGGUCGUGUUCUUUUUGUCGGCGCACAGAACGGCAUAUAUGAGCUUCACGUCGACGUGCAAAGCAGAAGGUUUUGCCCCAGUAUUUCUUUGAGGUGA